AAUACAAACAAACACCACAUCGCUAUCUCUCACUCGUAAGUCGUCACUCUCUUUCUUUCUCUCUCUCUCUCGCACUCCUUCACAUCAGUUUUCGUUAUAUUUAAAUUAAGUCAUACUAGAUGAGGAAGAGACAGACUAAGCUGGCAAAUAUAGUUCAUACUAACUUUACAAUUACACACCAAAAGGAUCGGUUAAGUGAAUUGUCAGAUGAAAUUCUUGUCUCCAUUCUGUCAACAUUGCCGUUCAUGGAAAUGCAGAGGACAAGUGUCCUUUCUAAGAGGUGGAGAUAUCUGUGGACAUUUACGACUUGUCACUUGGACUUCGACGAUUCAAGGUUACUAACUCUUGUUUGGAAGACAUUCUAUCAACAGAAGUUUAGUGGUAGUGAUCUUGAUCAAUACGUUAUGAUGUUGGUGAAUUUGGAGACUACGGAGUUUGAAGAGAAUAGCUUAAGGACUAGGUUUGUUAGUUGGGUUAAUAGGGUGUUGGAAUUGCAUCAAGGUAAUACUAUAGAUGAGUUUAGAGUUGUUUUUGACAUGGAUGGGAGGAAAUUCAAGUCGGAAAUCGACAAUUGGAUUUGCUUUUCACUGAGAAAAAAGGUUAAAAAGCUUUCAUUGGAUUUCAUGAUGGAUGGGGUCAAUGCUUAUACUCUUACUAGUCAGAUUUUUCAUAGUUACAGUCUUGAUUCCUUAACAGCCCUCUCUUUGACUUGUGUGAAAGUGACUGGGGAAGUUCUUGAGUAUGUUUUAUCUAAUUGUCCAUUCAUUGAAAUAUUACAUGUGGAAAAUUCAGAGUCUCUGGUAAAUUUAAAGACCUCUAGCCCUUUGCCCAAGCUAAAGAACUUAGAGAUAUUAAACUGCUGCUCUCUCAAACAGAUUCAGAUUCCUGCUAUAAAUCUCGUUUCCUUCAAAUAUUGUGGGGUUAAGAUGAUACGGAUCAUUCUAGGGGAUGUUCCCUAUUUUGUUGAUCUGUCUGUGACAGGUGACUGUGUUCGCUAUUUAUUAGAAGAUGAUUGCCCAAUUUCACGUUAUCUCUCUCAGCUGGAGACACUUGAGCUAGGCUUGUUUACUAAGGAAUUUAUUCAAUUUCCCAAAUUUCCAGAGUUAAGAAAUCUCAGGCAAUUGAAAUUGGAUUUAUGUCCACCUUUCAUGGAUAGCUUCCGUUGCUGCACUUCCUUGCUAAAGGCAUUCCCCGUAUUGCAUAGAUUUGUGCUCAAGUUUAUUGGGCUAGAUGGUCCAUGGAAUGGAGAAAUAAAAGUGCCGAGGGCUAAAUAUCCACACCAAUGCCUUAAGGUUGUUGAAUUGAUUGGUUUUGUUGGUUGUUCUGUUGACAUGAAGCUUGCCUUGUAUGUAAUCAAUAAUGCUCCAUCAUUAGAGAAGAUAAUUAUUGAUGCGCAAAGUCCUAGUGUGGAAGAAGUAUUACAUGAUUCUAGCAAUCCUAAGAAAUUAGGAGCUAUACAUUAUGUGAAGCAACUAGAAUCAAGAUUAGCUCCAGGGGUGGAGUUGGUGGUACUGUAGAGGGUGUUUGGUUUACCGUAAUAUAGUAAACAUUACAAUUAAUGACAUUACUGGAAUGUGGAAUUAUGAUUUUAGGUUCAUUUAUUUGUAUACAAGUUUAGAUAGCAUUUGGUUUAGGGAAUUCACAAGAAUCUAACAUUUUCAAAUGACAUG